CUAGGUUUCAGCUUCUCAAGGACGUCCAUAUGCCGCCAAGAAAUGUUUGAUAUGUCUUUUUAAUGGAGUGCAUGCUUUUGCUGUGUCCUGCAGCAAACCAAUCGGAUUGUAGACCUUGUGGACCACUUUCUGAAGAACAUCAAAAAAACUGGAAUAGAUAUAUCGACUUACUGUUGUCAAAUUGGGAAGAUAAACGCCAUCUCCCCACCUAUUACCGUGAAUUAAAAACGCGUCCAUACUGCUGUACUCCAGGCCCAGGUUACUCGUGUCGUUUAAAUCUUAUUCACGAACCUCGGAAGGAACCUAGGCAGUUUUACGAUCUUACGUGAGUUCAUUAUAUUCUGAUUACUCUUCAGAUGCGCGAAGGAUGAUUUCUUCACCCCUAUCAAGUGUCAGCAAGACAGUGACAUCAGAUGUUGUUCUGAGAAGCAUUGCAAUGUGCCAACUUCAGAGGAACUCAUGUUGCUAGUUAGAGAUAGUCCUUCGGAUCUGUAUCUUGUUGCAAUAUCUCUGUUGACAAUCUUGUGCAUCAUCCUUUGUAUUGUUUCCGGAACGUUCUACUUUCUGUUGAGAAAAAAGUCGGCUCGACAGAAACGUAUGAUCGCCUCUCAGCAUGGUACCACAUCUGACCAUAUAUGGACUUCGGAUAGUAUGGAGAAUCAUUAUUUAAAAGGAUCUAUGCAGACACCAGACGCUCCGACUGCUAAUACUGGCUAUCCCGAGACUGUCAAAGUAUUCUCUAGUGAUCCUUCGGCUGUUUCUGCCGGCAUAAUCAGUAGUCGUGGUGCUAGUAGUUUAAGUCAUUUCGGUGGCAGUGUAUUGGGAGCUACUCUAAGCAAUAUUAAUUCGUGUUCCAACUCACCAACUGGAGCUUUGGCCAUUACUAGCACUGGAUCAAAUUCUGCUAUGCCUACUACAAGUACUAUUCCUGCUGAUUUACUCGACCAGACGUGUAGUGGAUCAGGUUCAGGAAAGCCUUUGCUAGUACAACGAACAGUUGCUCGACAAGUUCAAUUGGAGGAACGUAUUGGUGAAGGUCGAUAUGGUGUUGUCUGGCGAGGUGUUUGGCAAGGUGAUCAAGUGGCAGCCAAGAUAUUUUCUAGUCGAGACGAACGCUCAUGGUUCCGAGAGACAGACAUUUAUCAAACAGUUAUGUUACGUCAUGCAAAUAUUCUAGGUUUCAUUGCAGCGGAUAAUAAAGAUACAGGAUUGUCUACUCAGUUAUGGCUUAUAACAGACUAUCAUCCUUUAGGUUCAUUAUAUGAAUUUCUACAACAACACUGCCUUCUACCGUCUGCACUUGUACGUGCUGUUGCUUCAAUCAUCAAUGGCUUAGCUCAUUUACACAUGGAGAUUACUGGCACUCAGGGUAAACCUGCUAUAGCUCAUCGCGAUUUAAAGUCUAGAAAUAUACUAGUCAAACUGGAUGGAGAAUGUUGUAUUGGAGAUUUAGGCUUUGCUCUAAAAUUGGACUCAACUAUGAAUACUGCAUUGGAAAUAAAUUUACACUCAGAUCGUGUUGGAACAAAACGUUAUAUGGCGCCUGAAGUAUUAGACAAUACAAUACGCAUGACAAGUCCAGAGGCAUUUAAACAAGCUGAUAUGUACAGUUUAGGUCUGGUAUUUUGGGAGGUUACCAGACGAUGUUAUGUACAUAAUCUAUUUGGACCAGAUGAAUACCAGUUGCCUUAUCAGGAUCUGGUGUCAGCUGAUCCUUCAGUGGAGGAAAUGAAAUCCGUUGUCUGUGAACAAGGCUUACGACCAGGUUUACCAGCUAUUUGGUCACAACAUGAAAUUAUCAGAGCAUUACAAGAUAUAAUGAGUGAAUGUUGGUAUGCUAGUCCAUCGGCUAGGCUUUCAGCUAUGCGUGUUAAAAAGUCUCUAGCAGCUGUACGUAAACAAUUGGAAAGUAAUCCAUCUUUAUCAGAAUUAUCGCCUAGUAGUUAUCUACCUCCAGAAGCAACUGAUAAGCUUCCUUUUGGCAUAAUACGUUGUCCAUCUGUUCCACGCACUAUGAAUAAUAAUAAUAAUAAUAAUAAUAAUAAUAAUAAUAAUAAUAAUAGUAAACCAGUGAAUGUAUUGUCGACUCUUGCCAGUACUGGUUCACAUGUUACCAGUGAUAAGGUCUUACUUUUCUCAGGCAAUAACACUAUCAUCAGUCCUGGUAGUGGCGCUACAAUGACUACUACUAUUGGUCCUCGGUCACUGAUCCCGCCUACAAUUACUAAUAAAAAUUUACCAUGUGAUAAUCUGUUGUAUUCUACAAACAUUGAUCAUAUCUCUUCAUAUUGGUCGAAUUGUGAGCACGAUAAACUAUUAUUCAGUAAACAUAAUUUAUCCAAUACUACUAAUAUCAAUAUUAGUAGUAAUUUAACUAAAGAACAGUCUAUUAACAGUACACAAAAGCAUUUAUCAUCGUCAUCAUCAGCAGCAGCAAUUGAUCCUACAUUAUAA